AUGUUCAAGUUCGAUUCAUAUACUCCAGUGAAAGAAAAGGCUGUUUCCGUUCCCCAGAGAUAUCCAGAAAUGGACGAAAUGGACUGGGAUGAGGGGUAUGGCGGUGGUAAAACCGGAGCAGCUACGCCCGGAGAAACAAUAGCCUCCUCGAAUGACUUCAUGCGAUACGCGCCCGAGGUGGGGGAUCUCGUAAUCGCAAGGAUUGUUGAAGUGGGCAUCCUCUUGGCGCUUAUCCUUACGCUCACAUGGUUACAGGUACAGCCGCGUCGCUGGAAAGUGGACGCAAAUGGCCGACAGGCUGCGAUAUUGAUGCUCUCGUCUGUCAACCUUCCGGGUGGCAUCCAGAGACGAAAACUGGAAAGUGAUGAACUUCAAAUGCGAACCUUUUUCGAGGAAGGAGACUUGCUCGUUGCAGAGGUCCAGGCGUUCUUUUCUGACGGUGCCAUGUCGUUACACACCCGAUCCUUGCGAUACGGAAAGCUGCGUAAUGGUCAAUUCGUAACUGUGCCGGCCAUUCUCAUCAAACGUCUCAAGUCCCACUUUUGUGCCUUGACAUGUGGUGUCGAUGUUAUCUUAGGAGUUAAUGGGUAUAUUUGGGUCAGCAAACAUAUCAAGGAAAACCAACAAGUGGGAGAACAAGGCUUCGAUGCCGAAUCUGUGUAUUCGAACAAGAACGAGAACAUCGAUGCUUCGACGAGAAUGGCCAUCUCACGGGUCUCGAACAUCAUCAAGAUCAUGGCUCAAUACUAUGUACCGAUAAGCGAUGUAGCUCUGAACCAUGCAUAUGCAUGGGUAGUGGAAAACGACCUCAAACCCAAAGAUAUCCUCCAAGAUGAAACUGCCGAGGCCCUGGUGGAAGCUCUAACCCAGGAUUAUUCGUAA